GUUGAGCUGAAAAAAACAUCAAUAUCAAAAUCCAAUAAAGCUACUGUUCAUAAUCUAUUUCUUGAAAAAAUUAAGAAAUAAUGAUGAUUACAUUUUUACUCCUGAUAUUUACCCUAACGGAAGCUAGUCUUUUGAUACCAUUAAAUGAAACGAUCGAAGAAAAGUUUCCAAUUUACGAGUGCGCUGAUUACGGACACAAAUGUAAUCGCUUUUUUCGUAAACCAUGUUGCAAAGAGGAUAAUGUAUGCAAAAGAAUGGGAUGGGGGGCAUUUAAUGAUGUUUAUAUGUGUGUUAAAUCAUCAAAAUUAAACGAAAACUGUCAAUACAAUUUGGAUUGUUUACAAGUUGACUACGCAGUGUGCGUUGAUGACAAAUGUAAAUGUUUGCCAAAUUAUAUCACCGUAGGCACGACUGCAUGUUUACCACAUUUAGGUCAAUUUUGUGAAAGCGAUGACUAUUGUGGACCCCGUAAUUCUGUUUGCAUUGAUUUCAAGUGUCAAUGCAAGAAGAAUUACGUAUCUAAAUCUAAUAAUGAAUGUAUUCCAACUCCAUUAGGAAAGUCUUGUGAAAUUAACGACGACUGUGCAGAUAUAAUUCAUGCUAAAUGUUCAAAAGAUAAAAAAUGUGUUUGUAGAGACAAAAAUGUUGAGGUAGAUGGAGUUACAUGUAGUCCACUUUUAGGUGAAUUUUGUUGGCGUAACGAACCAUGUGCGGCAAAUCAUUCCGUUUGUUCUAAUAAUGAAUGUCAAUGCAAAAGAAACUAUGUACCUAUAUCCAAUAAUGAGUGUCGGGAAUCUUCCAUAGGAUGGCCUUGUAACAAUAACUUUGAUUGCAACUCAAUACAUAGACAAACAGAAUGUUCAAAUGAUAACAAAUGUGUUUGCGAAAGUGAUUUUCUCGCAUUAGACGGAAUAACUUGUUUACAAGCUUUGGGCGAUUAUUGUUUUAGCGACAGUCAAUGCGGGCCUGCAUGGUCUAGUUGUAACCAAAAUUCUUGUCAAUGUGAUUUUCAUUCCAAACCUGAUUUGUAUGGAACAUGCAGUGUACAUGGAUAAGAACAUAUGUUGAUUUCAAGUACACUAUAGAAAAUGCUCAAGUACCGACGAUGCUAAAAUACGACAGUGUAAAAGUAUUUUCUAAAACUUAUAUUUUCAAGAUAAUUUUUAAUUAUUUUUUUCCUGAACUGAUUUGAAAAAAUUACGAGGGAAUUUUAAUUUGUAAUUUUGAAUUCUCAAGUGUUAUUUAAAAAAUGUACCAAUAGAAUGAAAUAAAUUGAACCUAAAUAAAUGUAUGGACUCCUUAAAGAAAAAAAACAUUGUGGAGGUCAAAAAAAUAUAUAAAUUU